UUAUAUAUUUUUUAAUUGGGAAACAAUAGUUUAAAUUCAGAAAAGUAUUUUCGGGAUUGCAAUAUUACCAUAUAGAACAUAUAACUAUAGUAAUUUUAUAGUUCCUGACAAAGGAACUAUUUUUGGCAAUGAAAGAAUUUUGAUUUUGAAAGAAAAUUAAUAAUAAUGAAUGCAUGGUCAGUAUUGUUUAAUUAUGUGCUUAUACAUAUAGCAUACAAGUGUCAUAAGUGUCAUUUAGGUGUAUGCGAAAGGUAAAGUAGUAUAGCAUGCGGUUGAUAGCAUGCGAUAAUUGAGGUGGCGCUUAAAUCAGUUUCUGUUCGGCCUAAUUUUCGAUGAAACGUUGACUGUUUUACCGACGCGGAAUUCGAAGUUCGGCCUCCACGCUAGCAUCGCCUUAAUUAACUUUUUUAUUAAUCAUUAAUACAUAGGAUUUAGAUAUGUUAUGUUAUCAAAUAAAAUGGAGGUUGUAUUUGAGAUGUAUUGUGAAAAAAUAAUGUAUGUAUACUGCACAAAAUGGUCACAAUUGUGUGAAUUAUUUGUUAUAAAGUAACAAUACUGAUAUGUAUAUAUAUUUUGCAAAAAGAGUUAAAUAACCAGUUCGAAUAUUCUGUGAAAUUUUAAUUGUAAUACAUGAUGCCAAUGUCAAAUGUGUUUUGUUUAAUAUGUAAUGUAAAUCUUGAUAUUUCAUCUUGCAUAAAUAUAUUUUGUACAUCUUUUCCUCGUAAUGGAGAGCUCUUAGUAAAUUUUGUAUCAAGAGUACUUCGUAUAGCAAUUUCUGAAUUACAAGAUUCUUACAUGUGUACACAAUGUUAUAAUCUAUUCCAAAUGUUGGAACAAGCACAAAAGACUGUUUUAAAUAUACGUUGUGAGAUUUUAAAGAUAUACCAUACUAGUGAAAGGAGAAAAACUAUUAAGCAAUCCAAUGAAAUUAAAUUAAAUUUAAAUACAAAUCUUAUGUUAGAAGAAAGGAAAAUAGAUGUAAAUAAAGAUAAUGAAAAUUUAAAAGAAGAAUCUAAUUUGCAAUCUAUCCAAUUUGAAGAAGUAGUAAAAAAACAAAUUCAAAACAAAAUAACAAAUCAGAAUAUUAAUAUCCCAAAUGUAAACUAUAGUACCAAUAUUAAAACUAAUGUAGACACAAAGAGAAGUAUUAAGAAGAAAGUAAAUGGCUGUAUUGAAAUAAACAAUACUCAGUCAUUUGAUUGUAGCAAUAAUCAUAGUAAGGAUGAAAUUUUUAAAAACGAAAUAUUUGGUGGUUCAGUAACAUUAAAUAAUGAUAACAAUGCACAUAAUAUUGCUUCUUCUCAAGAAAAUAUGCAUAUUGAAGAAAAGAAUUAUAUUUCCUCAAUAAAUUCAGAGCAAAAUGAAUCAAAAGGUUUCUUAAAAAUGGAUACUAUUUUUUCUGAUAAUGAAUUACAAGUAGAACACAUUGAUUUUGACUGGCACGAAUUGGAUGAAAAUGUUACAGAAGUAAAAGAGAACACUGAAAGUACAGCAGUGACAAAAGUGGAGCAAAUAAAAGUACCACUGGAAUCAGGAAAAAUACCAAAAUAUGCUUUGAAACCAUUAAAGUAUUCCUGUUCUACUUGUGGGAAAAGAUGGAAGACCUCAACUGAAUUAAAAACACACAUGAAAACUCAUUCUACAUUGAGGCCAUAUAUGUGUGAAAAAUGUGGUCAAGCAUAUAAACAUAAACAUGCGUUAGAAGUUCAUGUUGGAAUGCAUAAUGGAAUCAAUCCAUUUCAAUGUAAUUUUUGCAAAAAAUGUUUCACACAAAAAGGAGCACUUAUGAGGCAUAUACCAAUGCAUACUGGUGAAAUGCCUUACCAAUGUGAAUUAUGUGGUAAAAGAUUUGUUCAUCAUACUUCAUAUAAUAUGCAUAGAUUAUCACACAGUGGAAAAAAAUCCUACAAAUGUCAUAUGUGUGAUUUAUCUUUACUUUCAACAUCUCAUUUGAAGAGACAUAUGAGAGUUCAUACAGGUGAAAAACCAUACAGUUGCACAUUAUGCGGAAAACGUUUUGCAGAAAGAUAUAAUUUAUUUGCUCAUCAAAAAAUUCAUGAUCCACUUGAAAAUAAAACAAAGAAGACUAAUGAAAUGCAAUACCAUGUCAAAGAAAUAAUCUGAUUGUGAUCUAUAAAUAUGUAAGUAAUUAAUUAGUCUAAAAUAAUAUUUUCACAAAUAUUAUUAAAGAAAAUUGAACAAUAUCAACUGACGAAAUCCGUAACUGUUCCCUAACAUUUCUUGAAUUGCUAAAAAUUCACCGCGACGAGACAUGUCAUUAAAUUCUUCUCUGUUUGUAAAAAUAUAAGCUUGAUUUUCGAUAUCGCUAUUUUCUGGUUGUUUUGUAGUAUACCACCGACAGUAUUUGAUCUAAAAUAAAUUGUUAAUUUCUAACAUAUUAAUUCAUUAUAUUUGAAAAAUUAAGUAUAAUUUUGUACUUUGUUUGGAAAUGUUUGGGCAAUGUGCAAUGCCAAGGAUACUUUUUUCACUGCACAUGGACCUGUAAGUAUUAUUAAAGGUAGACUUGUUUCAUCAUAAGGUUUAACGUGAAGAUCAAUUCUGGGUGUGCUUAAUUGUUCUAACAAAGUUAAUUUUGUAGUAGUACGGGCAGCUGUUAAUUCCACUGGUGAUACAAAUAGAAUUGCAGCAGCAAUCUAUUAAAAUACAUUAUUUUUAGUAUA